AUGUUGAGGUGGAGGCUGCCGAUAUCUGUUCGGCGGUAUUCUUCGGCCAUGGAAGGAUGGAUAAAUCAGCAGAAUUCGGAGUUGGCCCAGUUAUCCAAUGGCCAGAUGGAAUUCAAGACUGGGCAUUUGGCCCGGUUUGCGUCUGGGGCUUGCACGGUGACACUUGGAGAUUCCACAGUGCUUGCGACGACCGUAUGCAAGCCAGAUACAUCAGGAACUUCCCCAUUUUCGAGUGGGAAGGCCUUAUCCGUCGACUUUUUGCAAUCAGCCUCAGCUGUUGGUCGAAUCCCUAUGAAUUAUUUGAGGAGAGAGUUGCAACAGACGGAUAUGGACAUUCUGAUCAGUCGAAUGAUUGAUCGAUCACUACGGCCGCUUUAUUCUAGCUCGUUCAGGUAAUUUUUGGAUUUAAAAAAUAUUGUUUUAGGUAUAAAAAGUUUUAAAAUUGGUACAAGCCGAUCCAAAUCAUAAAUUCGAAAUUAUAGAGGAAACACAAAGAUAAUUUGCAAGCCGUUAUCGGCUGCCAGAGAUGCAGACAUGGCAGUUCUUGGGAUAAAUGCAGCUUCCUGUUCAAUAGCACUGUCUGAAUGCCCUUUUGCGGAGACCGUUGGUGCUGCAAGGAUCGCAUUGUUGGAUAAUGAAGUAAGUUUUUUGAAUUCCCCUCUCGACUUCUAUACUCACCAUGAUGCUACGAGGAUUGGACGAUUUGAAUAUAAUAUUUUCAGAUAGUACUGAACCCACCUCACUAUGACCUUCAGCAGAGCAGGAUGAACCUUCUUUUAAGUGGAACAAAGUCGAAGAAAGUAUUGAUGAUAGAGAUGGACGGAAAGGAGAUACCAAUGGAUACAUUUAUGGAGUCAAUUGAAGUCGGAUUUUCCGAUAUCGAGAAAGUUAUCGACGCCAUAGAUGCUCUAAAAAGUUCGUCUGGCAAAGAUAAAAUCCCAGUAAGUUCUUUUUUAUUUUUUAUCUUGCUUUAGGCCAAAAGUGUAACAUUACUUCCAGGAAGAUCAGUUUAUGACGGAUGUCGAAAAAACAUUAUUGAAAGAUAUUUUUGACAUGGCCUGUGAUCGUCUGGAAUACAUCUUAACUGACGCUACUCAUCUUAAAACGUCGAGGGAUGAAGCGAUAACAGCCUAUAAGAAGGAACUCAUUGAGAGGAUAUUAACCAAAAAUUCGGGAACCUUGCCAGCUACAGUAUCCCUAAUAUUCGAUAUCGUUGUAAAGAAUAUUCUGAGGAGGCUGACCAGGGAAAGUGGGAUUAGAGUUGACGGCAGAGCUAUCGAUGAAUUUAGACCGAUUUCCAUCCAGACGGACCUCUAUCCAAGACUUCACGGAUCGGCAAUGUUUCAGAGAGGUCAAAGUCAGGUCAUGGGUAAGAUUUUGAUUAUUUUUUUGGAUUUUUAGGUCGUUGAAAGAGUAACGAAGGUUCUUUUAGGUACUGUAACAUUUGAUUCGCCCCAAUCUGCCUUCCGCCCGGACGCUAUUGCUCAACUUCUUGGUGCUCAACAAAAGAAAUCCUUUAUGGUCCAUUAUGAAUUCCCUCAAUUUGCUGUUAAUCAGAUUUCUGACAGCUCCGGCCGCUUUAAUCGUCGAUCUCUUGGCCAUGGAACCCUUGCCGAGAAAGCGUUAAAAAAUGUUGUGCCAGAAGAUUUCCCAUACUGUAUUAGAGUAGAUUGUCAAGUUCUAGAAUCAAACGGAUCGACCUCAAUGGCCAGUGCUUGUGUGGGAUCUCUGGCCAUGUAUGAUGCCGGGGUACCGUUGAAGAAUGCGGUUGGGGGAGUUGCGAUUGGUCUUUUCAACGAUAAUGGAGAAUUAUUGGCGACGGAGAACGAUAAGCCAGUCAUUUUGACAGAUCUAAUGGGAAUGGAGGACUAUGCGGGAGACAUGGACUUCAAAAUCGCUGGUAAGUGGUAACUUUUUUUUGAGAUUGUCUUUAGGCACGAAAGACGGCUUCACAUCCAUCCAACUUGAUGUUUCGAUACCGGGAUUGACGAUGGAUCUGGUAAGAGAAUCGCUAGAAAGAGGCCGGCAUGGCUUGGAUCAUGUUUUGGCGAAGAUGAAUGAAGCUCUGCCGAAGCCGAGAACCCAAUUUAAGGAGUGUGUCCCAUUGUUGGAACAUGUUAUCCUACCGGGAUACAAAAGAAGCGCUUUGUUCAGAAAUGCAGGAUUCAAUGCGAAGUUAGUUGAGGCAGAAACCGGAGUUCAAGUUCAGGCUGAUGAAGAAGAUAAGAUUUUAUUGAUGGCUCCGACUAAAGAAGACGCAGCGAGGGCAAAGGAACUCAUUAACAAGUAAGUUGAAAUGGUACUUGAAUGAAAACAACAUUCUUGAUAUUAAUUUAUAUUGUUUUAGACUAACUGAUGUCUCGACCCAAGUCGAUCCCAAUUUUGGGGAAAUACAGAAAUGUGAAGUCAUUGAAGUCCUUGACCGGGGCAUAGUCGUCAAACUGAAGGCCUUCAAAGACCCAGUCUUUGUCCCCAUCAAGAGUUUAACCCCAAAACUUGUCAAACACACAUCAGCAUUGGAUGUAAAGAUUGGCCAAAAACUUUCAAUGCAGUUCUUCGGACGCAAUCCAGAAACUGGCCAGCCCCGAUUAGCCACCAGGAGUAUUGGCACAAAGCCUGUGGACCUCAAAUAG